AUGACUCUGAACGGAAUCGGACGGUUCGAGCGUCUGAACGAUAUAUCGGUGAACGUGUACACCGUCGGAGAGAAACGACGCGGGAAGGACGGCGACGGCGGGAUUCGCAUCGUCCCUCUUCGUCUGACGGAUCGAAAGAGGAAGAGACACGUCAAUCUGCUGUAUCUGAGCGAUGCGACGCGCGAGGGUAACGCGGUCGGACAUUUCGCCUGUAUUCGAGAUCUGUCUCGUCUGAUCGGCUCGCAGUUGAGCAAGCGACAGCACAGGACGCACGUGUGCGACCGAUGCAUGCAUUACUUUCGCACGAGCGAGAAGCUGUCGGCGCACAGCGAGGAUUGCGGCAAGCUGAACGAUUGCGCGAUCGUUCUUCCCGACGAGGACGACAGGUGGCUGGAGUUCGAGCAUCAUUCGAGAAAGGAGCGAAUUCCGUUCGCGGUGUACGCCGAUCUGGAGUGCGCGUUGGAGAGGAAGGAGGGGGACGAGGGCGGGAGAACCAAGAAUACGCGGAUCGUUCAGCAUCACAGAGUUCACAGCGUGGCCUAUUACACGCGUUGCUCCUUCGACGACGCCGCGUCGGCGUACGGAUCUUAUCGCGGCGAGGAUUGCGUCGCGUGGUUCGUGCGCGAGCUGCGCGAUCUGGCGCUUCGCGCGAAGGUCGCCCUCGACGGCGUGGUACCGAUGGCGGAUCUGACGUCCGACGAGCGGGAGACGUUCGCGAGCGCGUCGCGCUGUCACGCCUGCGAGAGACCGUUCGAGGCCGACGACGUUCGCGUGCGCGAUCACUGUCACUUGACCGGCCGUUUCAGAGGUCCGGCGCAUUCCGCGUGUAAUUUGAAUUACAAGGACCCCUACGUCAUACCCGUAUUCUUUCACAAUCUAUCGGGUUACGACGCGCACUUCAUUAUCAAGGAUGUGGCUAACGCGUAUCCCGGCAGCGUCGAGUUGUUGCCGGUGACGAAGGAAUCGUACAUAGCUUUCUCUAAGACCGUUCGAGAUAGCGCGACGACGGCGGAGGGAGACGGGGGAAACGUCGCGCGUUCCAGAUACGUCAAAUUACGAUUCGUGGACUCGUUCAAGUUUUUAGGCGCCGGUCUCGACAAGCUGGCGUCGUAUCUCGACGAGAGCAAACUGACGAUCGCGCGAGGCGAGUUUCGCGAUCUCUCCGACGACGACUUCCGGCUUCUCACGCGCAAAGGCGUGUUUCCGUACGAGUACGUCGACAGCGUCGAGAGAUUGCGGGAGACGCGUCUCCCGCCGCGCGAGUCCUUCUACAGUUCUCUGACCGGCGACACCGUAUCGGAGAGCGAUUACGCGCACGCGACGCGCGUCUGGAAGCGAUUCGGCGUCGAAAAUCUAGGCGAGUACAGCGAUCUCUAUCUGAAGACCGACGUUCUUCUGCUCGCGGACGUGUUCGAAAAUUUUCGCGCCGCUUGUUUGGAGAGUUACGGUUUAGAUCCCGCGUACUACUUCACGUUGCCGGGAUACACGUGGGACGCGAUGCUCAAGUACACGGGGGUCCGUUUCGAACUGCUCACCGAUAUCGAUAUGAUGAUGUUCGUGGAACGCGGAAUACGCGGCGGUCUGAGUCAGUGCUCCAACAGAUACGCUCGCGCUAACAACAAGUACAUGAGCGCGUACGAUCCGUCGCGACCGUCGAUCUAUCUGAUGUAUCUCGAUAUCAACAAUCUGUACGGUUGGGCGAUGUGUCAGCCGUUGUCGUACGAGCGAUUCGAGUGGGUCGACGACCUCGAGAGUCUCGACGUGAUGUCCGUGACGGAGGACUCGACCGUCGGCUACAUUCUCGAGGUCGAUCUCGACUAUCCGGCCGACGCGCACGACGCCCACGCCGAUCUACCGUUUUGUCCCACGCGCGAUAAGCCGCCGGGGAAGCGGCAGAGCAAACUCCUAGCCAUGCUGUACGAUAAGCGCCGAUACGUCACGCACUAUCGCAAUCUGCAGCAGUGCGUUCGUCACGGUCUGCGUCUGACUAGGAUUCAUCGCGCGCUGCGCUUCUCGCAGUCGCCGUGGUUACGCGGAUACGUGGAGCUUAACACGCGUUUACGCACUAACGCGAGUAACGAUUUCGAGAAGAAUCUGUACAAGUUGAUGAACAACGCCGUCUUCGGCAAGACCAUGGAGAACGUGCGCAAUCGCGUGGACGUUCGACUCGCGACCCGAUGGGACGGUCGAUUCGGAGCCGAGGCGCUCAUCUCCAAGCCGAAUUUUCACAGUAGAAGCGUAUUCUCGGAGAAUCUCAUGGCCGUGGAAUUGCGCAAAUUGGAGGCGAAGAUCGACAAACCGAUCUACGUAGGCAUGUCGAUUCUCGAUAUAUCCAAGAUUCGUCUGUACGCGUUUCACUACGAAUACAUGUCGCCGCUCUACGGCGAUAAGUGUAAGAUAUUGUACACCGACACGGACAGUCUCAUUUAUAGCGUAGAGUGCGAGGACGCGUACGAGCGAAUGAAGCGCGACGUCGAUAGAUUCGACACGAGCGAUUACGCCGUCGACAAUCCCUACGGCGUGCCGCGCGCAAAUAAGAAGGUUCUCGGUCUGAUGAAGGACGAGAACAACGGCGCUCUCAUGCUCGAGUUCGUCGGACUCAGAGCGAAGAUGUACGCGUUGCGAGUCGAGGGUAGAGGCGACACUAAGAAGAGCAAGGGCGUUAGGAGCAGCGUCGUCGCGAGAACGCUGACGUUCGACGAUUACGAGCGCUGCCUGAGACGCGAGAUCGAGAUGACUCGCGAGCAGUCGUGCCUGAGAUCCAAGUUACACGAGGUGUACACCGUGCGCGAGUCGAAGGUCGCGCUCAGUCCGUACGACGAUAAGCGCUACGUCGUGCCGGAUUCGACCGACACUCUGCCGUGGGGGCACUACAGGAUACCACUGUGA